UGCUGCUGCUGCUGCCGUCAUCACAUUGGAAACAUUCAAAACGACUUGUCAGUCAACACACAUCAAUCAAACAGCAAACAUCAGCAAUAGUAACAACAACAACAACUGAAGUCAACAACAACAACAACAGCAUCAUCAUCAUCGUCGUCCAACAACAAAAACCCCAAACUACCACGCACUAGCUAACCACCACCACCACCACCACCACCAACAAAACAACAACAACAACAGCGACAGGCUUUAAAAGUUUCUAUCACACCCACCUUUCAACCCCUUUUUUCUUCCUUCCUUCUCUCUAUCUCUCUCUCUCUUACCCUUUUUUUCCUCCUCCCAACCCCACCGCCACUUUCACAGCCGCCAGCUCUGCCACCACCACCACCACCACCAUCAGUCAACGAUCGCCACUUCAUUCAGUUAAGGUCUGUGCUAAAGCAGGUGCGUGCGUGUGUGUCGGACUGCGUUUGCUCGCGUGCGGCUAUAUAUAUAAAUAUACACACACACACACACACACACUCACAUGUAUGUAUAUGUAUGUUCUCCAGGAGCAGCUUCGUUUGCCAUCCUCCACUCCAUCUCUGCAACAAUCCAAGUUCACUGCCGGUCCUAUGGAGCCGUGGAUUCCGUGAAGAGAUUAACUUGUUCUUACUUGUGUAAUGUCUAAUUACACUUAUGAAUCGAUUCAUUCAUACAUAUUCACGCAGAUAUAAGUAAACACGCAGUCGUAUUUAUAUACACAGCUGCAAAUAUACGCAUGCAGAAAAAUAUACGCAUAUAGACCAAUAUAAUAUAUAUAUUACUAAUAUAUAUACACUCACACACACACACAUACACAAAAACAUACUGCGCGCCCUCGGAUUUUUGUUGUUUCUACCAGAAGGACGCGCACAUACUUCAACAAUGAGGACCACGAAAUCGCAGCUGUGGGCCCCUUUCGUCACUUUGGUCUUACUGACCAGCUGGUCGUUAUUAAUUAAAGGUGGACUGUGUCGGAUCCAUCAUCCACAUCAUCACCCUCAUCAGCAGCAUAAACAUAAUCAUAACCAGCAGCAUCAGCACCAUCAGCAUCUUCACGAUGACAACAGCAGCAACGACGACGACGACAUGGAAAGCAUUAACGAUAACAAUAAUAGCGACGAUGACGAUAGCAAUGACAACAACAACAACACAACAACAGCAACAGCAACAACAAUAGCAACGACGUGGAAGAUUUUCCGUCGGAGCGCAACUUUUAUGCUCACCACGCCGACCUUCACACUGCUAUGUUGAAAGAGUCGAUGAAGAUUCUUCUGGGUCCCAGACAUCGCUACAAAGGCCCACCGCUGUCAUCGUUGUCGCUGCCAGUGUCGUCAUCUUCUUCAUCUUCUUCCUCCUCAUCUUCAUCGUCGUCGUCGUCGUCUUCAUCGUCGUUCUCGGUGAAGUAUGACAGGAACAAUCGUUACUUAACGGACUCCCAAGAACUGACGAGGCCUCCUCGCUAUAUGAUGGAGUUGUACGAGCGAUACAGGGAUGGCCUACUUCAAAAGGAAACCUUCGGUAAUACAGUAAGGAGCAUACAUGCCAGUAUAGGUGAAGUCAAUGGAGAUGCCAUGUUCUUCUUCAACCUAUCAGCAAUCAAAAAAUCAGAAAAGGUUCUCCGAGCCGAAGUUCAUUUAUACAAGAGAAAAUCUCGCCCUUGGAUGCCCAACGGAUCAAAAUUACAAAUUCUAUUACAUGAAAUUGGUCCGAACUAUAUUAGCAAGACAGGACGUGUGACUCUGCAUCGUGCCAGCCAUGGAUGGCAAUGGCGAGAUGUUACCAAUUCCGUUCUUAGUUGCCUCGCAACCUCCCGCAAAUAUCCUCAUCUAUUUGCAAUAAACUUUCAAACGAAAAAGUCAGGGGGUAAAACACGUACAGUUGCACUCAAGAAAUUUUCUAUUCAUCACUCUAGGCCCUUUCUUAUUGUUUAUUCUAACGAAACUGAAGUGGUCAAACUUGACCAGCUUGACAAAUUGGCCGAGCGCCUUAAAUUAUUCUUACCGGGUCAGAACCGAGAUAGAAGGCCUGCAAACCGUACUUCAUUGGCAACCAAGUUAGUUCCGUCUACGUCUGGUUCGGAUGACUUUUUACCGCCCUUGGAUAGAAGCAAAAACAGCACUCGACUUGUACAUCAUAUCGCACACGGAAUUGGUCCUAAAAUGAGAAUAGUACUUGACGAAAUCGAUCCCUUUCACUCGGUUGCUAUAGAGAAACUAAACGAAACUACAGAAAAGCGACAUAAAACAAGUGUACCGGUGAAAAAGAUUAAAGACAAGAAAGAGUUUCAACGCCGGAAAUAUGAACAAGAUUUUAUACCAAACCAGGAAAUAGUCACAGCUUCACCGUCGUACGAAAUUAUGGAUAAUACAACGAUGGAACCCGAGUUAGAAAAUACAACCGACAGUGAAACAGAAGAGGUAGAAGCAGCCUCGUUAGCGUUUUCGGAUGAUUCCAGCAUUACGGUGGACGCCAGUCAGACAAACCGAUCGAAACGGUCGGUUUUGACUAAUGAAAUACCCCAAGAACCCGUCGACUACAGAACAGUUACGAAAUAUAAUAUGCUUAAUAUUAAUCCCGGGGUAUUACAGCCACGCCAACGACCGAAGCAGAAGAAGAUGUCUCGUCUCAUUCCUUACCCAAAGGAUUCACAGCAUAAAAAGAAAAGGCGCAAAAGAAAAAGGAUUCGACGAGAAAAAGCCCAACGACGCCGACUUCGCUUUCCGAAGAAUUGGAAAAACACAGACAGAAAGAAUUUCCACAAGGAAGAUAAUUUGUGUAAAAAACACAAAUUGCACGUUAAUCUGGAUGAUAUUGGAUGGAGAGAUUGGAUAAUAAGUCCUCAAUGGUUAAAUGCGCAUUACUGCGCAGGAAAUUGCCCUUUCCCAUUGGCAGAGAAGCUGAGAGCCUCAAACCAUGCCACUAUACAAAGUAUCGUUCACGCUAUCGGAAUAUACCCGCACGUACCAGCGCCGUGUUGUGUCCCGGAUUCUGUGUCAUCUAUCACAUUGCUAUAUCUUGACGAAGAUCAAAAUGUGAUCUUGAAGAACUAUCCUGGCAUGACCGUCUUGUCAUGUGCCUGCCGAUAGCCGGCAUCUUUGAAAAUAACUUCCCUUCACUACAAGCGGCACUUGCUGAUUAAUCUUUGUUAUUUUGAAGUUCUGAAGUACAAAUCCAGAAGAGAACGAACUUACGAACUUAGAGAGCGACGAAUGAACGUUCGCCUGCCGUUAUCAUGUAAAUUGUACCCAUUCUGUACACACUCAGAUAUAUAUGCAUAGGCAUAUAAUAUAUACACACACACACGCACACACACACAUACAUACCAUAUAUAUAUAUGUAUGUGCGUGCGUGUGUGUGAGUGUGGAUGAAUCUCUCUCUCUUU